UUUUGUUUUGUUUCAGAAAUCAUGGCUACUUUUACUGAAAAUACAGAAUUUCAAGCGUAGAAAGUGAUGCUUUUGCAAUUGCAUAUUUUGGUGUUUCUUUGGAAUAAUUUCUGAUCAAAGGAAUAAAAGCUUGCGGUGCUUGCCUGAGGAAUCACACACACAUACAUAAAAAUGUAAUUGAUAACUUUUCCCAUAAAAUUGUAGUAAAGUCUGGUUUUUGUAUGAAUAAGGAACUAAUUUUAGUAAAUGACCUACCUGUAAUAAAGAGGAAAGAUUAAAUCAACAUAUAUGGGGGAAGUUUGGUCAGUUUACAUAACUUUUUAUUAUUAUUAAUGAGCUCUUAAAUUAUAUCAGUCAAAACUACAGUUUGUUAUCUCCAUAGGAUAUUGUUCUUCUGAAUGCUCCUCUUGUGUCUUAAUGCGUAAAAAGUAAAAGCCGCAUUGGAUUAAUUAAACUAUACUGGCAUCUAAACUUGUAUGCUUGUAUUGAUGUGCACAACUAGAGUGAGUAAUUCUCUUACUGCAUACAUUUAGUCUUGCUUGAUUUUAUAAAAAAUGACUUAUCAAGUAGAUAAAGUGGUAGUGGUAUACACUUUCUUAUUGAGGUUUUAUUCUGUCCACAUGAGGAGGCGCAGUUAGCUGUGACAGUUUUUUAUCUGUUUCUAAAAAGUCUUUUUUUUUUUUGUACUGUUUGUUUCAUAUUCAGUGUACUUACUUGUUUUUAAACUAUCAAGUCAUAGCAGCAGAAGUAAGACACUUAACUGUGCAGUAGCUCUUUGAAUUUUUAUUUUGUAAUGUUCUACAAAUUUAGGAAUUACCAUUGCUAACUAGGGAAUCUUGGUUUCCCAUGCUUUUAUCAUUGCUGCUGUUAAUCUGGAUAUUUAAUUUGGGUUCCCCCACCUAUAGCUGUACAGCUUUAUAUGAGCCAAUUUUUAAUUUGGUGAAAUCUGGCUUUUUCACCGAUAGCGGUAACUUUGCCGUGUUCGUAAGACAGGUAUUUGUUUCUUCUUGGAAAAUGGCUACAGAAUGUUUUAUCUGGUUUUAUUCGAUGUGCUGUGACCUAAGUGAUAACAGCAUAAAUAAUCAUGUAAAGGUUGUUUCUGUAGCCAUUCUGUUGAGAUUCUAGCAUCUGAGAGAGUUCUCUGGCUCAUUUAUUCGGAAUUAUGCUUCAGCAGAUGCUUUCUGCCACCUACUGCUUGCUUUGCAACACUGCUGGCUGUUCUUUAUUUUAAUUCUCAGCUUGAUGCUUUGACUCCUGCAAGGUGAAGUGUUAAUUUUUUUAAAACCUCAUUAAAUCUAAUUGGUUAUUUGAUCUUUGUUGGGUUAGUUGUGUGAAUAUAACUGCUGAAAACUUUGCAAGACUUGGACUUAGUGAUGUAAAUCUGUAAGAAUACAAAUUAUAGCAGCAUAGAUAUUAAUCUGGCUAUUCAUGCUAGGCAAAACAGACAGUAUGCACUGAGUUUCCUAGUACGUGAAGGUAGCAAAGAUUAUUUGAUUUAUUUACUCAUUUUUAAAUCAAAGUGUAGCUUACGUUGAAAUAAACAGUUGGUUUUGGCACAAAUAUCACUGUUUUCCAGUAAUUUGAAACAAACUUGUACUUACUUGACUUUUCUCUGUCCUUGGCAAAGUGAUUUGUAGAAAAACAGGCACCAAAACUGGACGGUCACAUCCCCCCCCCCCUCCCUUGUAUGUCUUCAAACCAGUCCGUUGGGAUACUAGCGCAGCCAAGAACUCUUAUGAUGUGACAAAUUUAGCUUUCUCUAAUAUUCUCUAUGUAGGUGAUUGAACUAGAACUGCUGGGAAGAACAGCUGUUACUGGUACCUGACAGUGUCGCAACAGUGUUGGCGUGCAGAAUUUUUACUGUUUUCCUCCAGGCAGUAGCUGUUGGCAACCACAGAUCUGGGAGGUUAUGAUUAACUUGAGUCCAUAAUCUCAGUGUUGUUCCUGAAGUGUUAUGUAGCUUUAAAGCACAGAUGUUGGCCUUACCUAAUAACUCAGUAUUUCCUUCUUGGUUUUAUUCCUAUAUAGCCAUUUAUCUCCAUGAUGUCAAGCCACAGGGUUUAAGAAAGGAAAUAGCACACGCUGCUUGGCAAAUGGAAAAGUUGCAACAAAAGUCCUCAGCUUUGACAGACUUGCAACUUAAUGAAGUAAAUCAUUUACAGCUUGAUAAAGAAUAACUUCAAAAUUUGUACACGUUCAAAUCUAAAGCAGUAAUUUACAGAAGUAAUUAAUUUCGCACUGUCAUUCACACUGAUAUGUAAGACAAAAGAUAAGGCUGAUGUAUUUUAUUUCAUGUGUUGCAAUGAUAAUACAUGUGAGCACCGCUGUGAAAGCAAGACCGUCUGUACAUGCACCGGUCAGCAAAACACUAUGCAGGUAAACUAGCAAUAUAGUUUAUUACCUGGAUGAGCAAGACUUUUCUUCUAUCACCUGGGACUCAUGUAAAGAGUAAUAUCCUCCUGUGUAGAUACAGCCUGCAAGAGUAAAAAUAGAACAGGUAAUAUGAACUCCUUGCCACCCCACUGCCUAAAAGCAAUGUUCCGACCCUUCAGCGCUCAACUGAAGUUGCUAGUUUUCCAGUCUUUAAAACUGGGUAGAAGUCAUGUCAGUAAACUGUAUGAGAAUGUAUUUCUUACUCUGUUUCGCUUCUGCUCUUUUUUACUUUUACUACUGCUUCUUUUUCGUUAGGCUUACGGAUGCUAUGAUUUAGAGGUAUGCCAGAAGAAGAAUAUCUCCAAGAAAAACUAUCAAAGAUGAUGUGAGGAAAUCACUGCUUUUCUUCUACAUCACCCAGUGUUACCAGAAUUCACCUGAGAUUGUGCUCGCUAUCAGCUUCCCCCUUAUGAAAGAUGUCAGCAAUUGGAGUACUGUCCUCCUGCUCCUGUCUCCGUCCCGGUGUAUGGCUGCUGAAACCAGGAAUGCAGCAGAUGGGCUCCUUCGGCUUACAUACAGCAGCCAGGUGUGCUACCAAGGAUUAUUAUGAAGUACUUGUGUUGGGUGGAGGUGCUGGUGGAAUCACCAUGAGUGCUCGGAUGAAGAGGAAAGUGGGGGCAGGAAAUGUGGCUGUUGUUGAGCCAAGUGAGACUCAUUACUAUCAGCCACUGUGGACCCUGGUUGGCGGUGGUGCAAAGCGGCUGGCGACUUCUGCCCGUCCCACAGGGAGCGUAAUGCCUAAAGGUGUUGAGUGGAUCAAAUCUCGAGUAACUGCGUUGGAUCCAGAUAAGAACUGCGUCUGGCUGGAGAAUGAUAUCAAGAUAUCUUACAAGUAUCUGAUAAUUGCCCUUGGGAUAAGUCUGCAUUACGAAAAGAUCAAAGGCUUGCCUGAGGGUUUUGAUCACCCUAAAAUCGGUUCCAAUUAUUCAGUUCAUACGGUAGAGAAAACAUGGAAGGCUUUACAAGAUUUCAAGGAAGGAAAUGCUAUCUUCACUUUUCCAAAUACUCCAGUGAAGUGUGCAGGGGCUCCUCAGAAGAUCAUGUAUUUAUCAGAGGCCUACUGGAGGAAAACAGGAAAACGUUCCAAAGCAAACAUAAUGUUCAACACUUCACUUGGUGUCAUUUUUGGCGUCAAGAAGUACGCUGAUGCAUUACUUGAAAUAAUCAAGGAGAGGAAUAUUGCUGUUAACUAUAAGUGCAACCUUGUAGAAGUUCGAGCAGACAAGCAGGAGGCUGUGUUUGAAAACUUGGACAAACCCGGAGUGACUGAAGUUCAUCAGUAUGAAAUGCUUCAUGUCACACCGCCAAUGGGGCCACCUGACGUGCUCAUCAACAGUCCCGUCUCGGAUCAAAUUGGCUGGGUGGAUGUAGAUAAGGAAACUCUACAACAUAAGAAGUAUCCUAAUGUGUUUGGUAUUGGAGACUGCACCAACCUUCCAACAUCAAAAACUGCUGCAGCUGUAGCUGCCCAAUCUGGAGUGCUUGAUAAAACUAUUUCCCUGGUAAUGAAGAACCAGUUGCCAACUAAAAAGUAUGAUGGAUACACUUCCUGCCCGCUAGUAACAGGCUACAACAAGGUGAUUCUAGCAGAAUUUGACUACGACGCUCAGCCUUUGGAGACCUUUCCCAUUGACCAGAGCAAGGAGAGAGUAACCAUGUACCAUAUGAAAGCCGAUAUGAUGCCUUUUCUCUACUGGAAUAUGCUACUGAAGGGAUACUGGGGAGGACCAGCUCCUGUCCGGAAGCUAAUGCACCUGGGCUUGAAGUAACUGCUGGUUCUCAGUGUUGGUCAAAUCCUUUUGAAGAAAAAGGACUGGUCUCUCACACUGGAUCAAUACCUAUCCUCCCUCUUGGACAACCACGUGGUAGACUUUUUUUUUUUUUUAAAUCAAGCUUUUGUCCUAAAUUCACCCUUUCCCUCUACUAAGGAUUGAGUCUUCGCUGCUUUUCUAUGUAAACCAAGGCCUUAAACUACUUCCGUACAUACAUGUGAGUUUGAAUUCAAGUGUGAACUUGCUUUAAGCUACAGAACACUACUGAAAACUUCUACGGCAAUCAGUAAUUUUAGAGCUGUUGUAUAUGUAAAGUUUUUUCCCCUCACUCUAAACUGAAUCGUCUGCAUCAGAGAUCAAUGCAUGCACUGGAUUUAAGAGAAUAAUUCAAUGCUACUAAAAUGGCCUGAAAAUCUCCUAUUGUUCUCUCGUUUUUGAAUAGCAAAACCUGCCCUAAUUUCUUCAUCAAGAAGCAUGGAUUAUAGAAACUUAUGCAGGUUAGGGGAAGGAAAUAUACGCACAUACACCCCUAGGAUAGUUGUGUCGCUUCACAUCAGUUCCACUACAACAUUUUACUCUCAUAGGUUAACAACAUAACAGUGAAAAGAAUUGCCAAUAGAUUGGCAACCAGGAGAAGACUGAGAUCAUCUGAGGCCACACACUAGACUGAAACACAAAUUAAGAGGACAGACAAGGGGGCA